AUGUCGGAGAAAAAGGAACAGUCCUCAAAGAAUAGCAAGGCUCAAGAUGAACUCAAGCAUGAGAAAACUCCACCCAAGAUAGUUUAUAAUGACCAUGAAAAGAAAAAACAAGCACUAGUCACGAGAACAGUUUGGUCCCUAGUGAUACUUUUUGUGUUUCUCGUGGUUCUUGCUAGUGGCCAUUUGCCUCUUAUUGGCUUUGUCAUAUUGUGCCAGAUCCUCACCUUCAAAGAGAUCAUUGCUUUAACCUCUGAGCCGGCCAGAGACAAAAAUAUUCCAUGGAACAAGACAUUAAAUUGGUACUUCUUGUGCUGUACCGUAUACUACUAUGAUGGUGAGUCUGUCUUCGACUUCCUUCAGGACGAGAUUCUUUCCUCUAACGCAUUGUUCUUCUUUUAUAAGAAUCACAAGUUUAUUGCCUAUUCCCUCUACAUUGCUGGCUUCAUAUUUUUUGUCUUCACCUUGAAGAAAGGCUUUUACAAGUUCCAAUUUGCCCUGUUAUGCGCCACCCACAUGACUUUACUUCUUGUCGUUUUCCAAUCUCAUUUGAUCAUCGAGAACAUUCUUAACGGUAUCAUUUGGUUAUUGAUUCCUGCUUCGCUUGUGAUCGUUAACGACAUUUUUGCGUAUCUCUGCGGUAUCACGUUUGGAAGGACCCAAUUGAUUGAGAUUUCUCCGAAGAAGACAGUUGAGGGUUUUAUCGGCGCCUGGAUUUGCACCGGUCUCGCUGCGGUCUUGGUUGCAUGGUUAUUAUCGCAAUCAGACUACUUGAUUUGUCCUGCUACUAACCUAUCCACCACAAUCUACAACUAUCCUCACUGUGAGCCUAACCCUGUCUUCAUUCCACAAAUAUACCAGCUUCCAGAUAAUAUUGCUGAAUACUUGGGACAGUCAGCCGUUACGUUCAAGCCACUUUACUUACACUCGGCUGUCAUCGCCACCUUUGCCUCGCUCAUUGCUCCUUUCGGAGGUUUCUUCGCCUCUGGCUUGAAGAGAGCUUUUGGAAUUAAAGACUUCGGUGACACAAUUCCAGGCCACGGUGGUAUCACGGACAGAUUUGACUGUCAGUUUUUGAUGGGCUCAUUUUCCUACUUGUACUUCCAAACCUUUAUCUCCUCGAGUAACCUUGGCUUGCAAAAGGUGUUGCAAAUGGCCGUCUUUAACUUGACUACAGGGCAGAUCAUACAAUUGACGAAGGCCUUGUUGAAAUACCUCCAUACUCUGGGCAACCUCAAUGACGAAAAGUUGCACGCGAUACUCGAAAUAUUGAAUUAA